AUGAAUGAUGAAGAGAAAGUUUUCUAUAAAUUUAUGGAAAAUAAAAUUCUUCUAAAAAAAUUUUGUGAAGAAUAUAUAAAAAUAAAAAAAAAUGAAGAAUAUAUUAACAAAGAAGCUAAUGAAAUAAAACUAAAAAAUUGUCAACUUGAAAAUGAAAUAGAAAAAUACAAAGAUAUAUUAAAGAACAUUGAAAAAAAAAAAGUUGAAGAAAUUGAAAAUAAUAAUUUUGAAUUUGAUAUAAAAAUUAAAAAAUUAGAAAAACAUAUGAACUUUUUAAAUUCAUGCUUAAAUACAGAAAAAGAAAACUAUCAUUUGAACGCAAAAGAAUUAAUAUCUUUAAAAUAUGAAAAUAAUAAAUUAAAAUCAGACUUAAAUAAAAGUGAAUAUAAUACAGAAGACAAAGAAAAUCAAAUAAAUCAAAAUAAUAUAACUGUACUAAAUAAAAUUUAUUCAGAUAUUGACAAAAAAAUUGAAGAUAUGACAAAUCUAUUAAAUGAAAUAAAAAAUUGCAGAAAUGAUGCAGAACAAAAAAUAAAAGAUUACGAAACACUUUUAAGUAAUUAUUUAAAAAAAAUAUCAGAUAUAAAUUUAAAAUACGAACAAUUUUAUAAGUUAUAUAAAGAAGCUGAACAUAAGAAUAACAUGAGUAAAUAUAAAAAAAAAGUUUUAAAAAAUCGAAUAAGUGAACUAAAAAAUUGUAAUAAGCUCUUAUCAAAUCAAAUUUCUACAUUAAAAAAAGACAUUAAGAUCAUAGAAAUGGAGAAAAAUGAAUAUUAUUCCCUAUUAAAAAAAGCAGAAAAAAAAAACCUAUUAUUAUAUCAUAAAUUAAAAAAAAAUGAUGACAAAUUUUAUUCUUCAUCAGAUUACAUUGAUAAAAAUGACUUUUUGUGGGAUAUGUUAAAUGAAAAUAUAGAGGAAGUAUUUUAUAAUAACCUAAAAAAUAAAUCAUCAUUAAUUAAAGGUGAUUUAAUACUUAGUCAAAACGUAUAUGAUUAUAUAAAUUUAAAAGAAAUAGAAAAAAGACCAAUUUAUUUAAGGAGUAAAACUAAAAGAAGGGAUCCUUAUCGUUUAGAAGAAUUUAAUAUAAAAAGAGAAAGAAAAAGAAAAAACAUUCUCUUUUAUUCAGACAAUGAUUAUGAUAAGAAAAAAAGGCGUAAGGAUAUUAAAUGA